AUGGAGAUUCCGAAAAAUGGUCUUGACGAAGAUGAGAUGAGUCUUUUCGUAAAGAAGUAUGGAAAAUUCUUUAAGAAAUUUUUUUCAAAGAAAUCCGCAUUUCCUCCUAGAAGAAGAUCUAAAGAUGAAGGAUCCUCACAACUUACCAUCACUUGCUUUGAAUGUGGAAAAACCGGUCACUACAAAUCGGAUUGUCCAAAUAUUCAAAAGAAAGACAAAUAUGAAAAGAAGCAAGGCAAGGAUAGAAGGAACUUCAAGAAGGCUUAUCUUGCUUGGGAUGAUGAAUCUAGUUCUUCCGAUGAUGACUCCAAGGAAGAAGCAAAUCUAUGCUUCACGCAAGAUGGAAGACCACCGGAGAAAUCAAGCAAAGGAACUCAACAUGUAUGUCUAAUGGCAAAUGAGGACAAAAAUGAAUCCGAAACCGAGGUAAACUCAUCUUGCUCUACUCUUUCCCCUUCAUAUGAUGAGUUGUCUGACAUGUUUGAAGAAAUGCAUAAUGAAACACUAAUACAUGUUAAAGCUCUUAGAGCAUCAAGAAAGACUAUUAGUUCUUUGGAAAAACAAAUUGCAUCUUUAGAAAAGGAAGUAAAGGAGUUGAAGGAUGAAAAUGAAACUCUCAAAUUACUUGAUGCUAGCAUUGGUUGUAUUAAAUGCCUAUCUUCAAAUGAUCAUGCAUCUUCAUCAUCAUGUCAUAGUGCAUCCACUUGUAAAGUUAGAAAGAAUGGUAUUAUUGGGCAAAAGAAAGUUUGUUUGAAGGCUAAAAGCUCCAAGUGGUACUUGGAUAGUGGUUGCUCAAGUCACAUGACGGGAGAUGUAACUAAGUUCCAAUCACUCACUAAGAAAGAACAUGGACAUGUUUCCUAUGGAGAUAACAACAAAGGAAAGAUUGUUGGUAUUGGAAAAGUUGGUAAUUCCUCCUCCGUUUCUAUAGAAAAUGUUUUACUUGUUGAGGGUCUCAGACAUAACUUGCUUAAAAACCUUGGCAAAUUUGACUCUAAAGCCGAUGAAGGGAUAUUUCUAGGAUAUUCACUUACAAGUAGAGCCUAUAGGAUCUAUAACAAAAGAACAAUGGUCAUUGAAGAGUCUAUUCAUGUUGUAUUUAAUGAGACUAACAAUGCCUUGCCUAGAAAGGAACCUUGUGAUGAUGAGGUUAUAGAAAGCAUGGAAAACAUAAACUUGAAUGACAAAGAGGAAAGUGAAAGGCAAAAAGAAAAGGAAGCAAACAAUGAAGAAACACCAAGUCAACAAAUCAAUGAUGGAAACAAUCUACCACAAGAUUGGAGAAUAGCUAGAGACACCCCAUUGAUGCGGUAA